AUGUCGUGUUAUAUGAAAAUAUGUCGAAUAACCAAGAGGAAGGACGAUUUUGACGAAUUAAAUAGCGGGAUUGGUGUCAUGGCGUUUCGAGAACUUUCGAUCACAGAAAAUGGUAUGAUCUCACCUGGGCAGCGAGAACAACGUGAUAAAGACCCCACCAAGAUCCCUCCAGACCCCUCUAGUCCUCCUUCAGACCCCCCAGACCCUGCCAAGUUCCCUCCAGACCACUCGAGACCCCGUCAAGUUCCCUUCAAAUCCAUCCAGUCCCCUUCAGAUUCCUUCAGUCCCCUUCCGAUCCCACCAGACCCUGUCAAGUUCCCUUCAGACCCACCAGACCCUGCCAAGUUCCCUCCAGUCCCCUUCAGAUCCAUCCAGUCCCCUUCAGACCCCUCCAGAGGUGAAGCCUUUGAAACAGGAGAUGUAGCCUUUGAAACAGGAGAUGUAGCCUUUGAAACAGGAGAUGUAGCCUUUGAAACAGGAGAUGUAGCCUUUGAAACAGGAGAUGUAGCCUUUGAAACAGGAGAUGUAGCCUUUGAAACAGGAGAUGUAGCCUUUGAAACAGGAGAUGUAGCCUUUGAAACAGGAGAUGUAGCCUUUGAAACAGGAGAUGUAGCCUUUGAAACAAGUUAG